CGAACAACUUAACCAGGUAGAUUUCUGCAUAUCAACUUGCGGUGAAUGCUGGAGGUGCUGUCCAUUUCUUGAGUGCAGGCCACGUGCAUUGGCAAGGCUCACCUGAUAGCGCGCGCGUCCAGCACCAACACCAUAACACGCUGCACAGCACGUCUAGCACAACCAACGAACACCUCACUUCCACAAAAAGCGCAAACUCAACGACGACGAUGCCGCCAGCCCCAAAGGCAAGCAACGUUCCGAAGCGAAAGGGCCCGGCAUUCAAACCGCCCCGUCCUGUCAAUUCGUCCACGACGACUGCACAACGCGGUCCAGCGGCGACGACUUCGCGCGUUUCCGGCCCCGCAAAGAGAACAUCUGCUGCGGGGGCUGGUUUGCAGCCCUCUUUGACGCUCAUUUCUGAUUCAGAGGAUGAGGACGACGAACAGGAUGCCCUUUCACAGUCGGAUCGCGAUGAAUUGAUGGAGGAUGCGACUGAGGUCGAACAUACUUCGAUACUGCAGCCUCAGCUGGAUCCUAUACCCGAAAAGUUGCUGGCAAGACUGUUAUACGAGGGUUUCGAGGACAAGGACAUGAAAAUCCAGAAGGGUGCUAUGGAGCUCGUGGGAAAGUACAUGGAGAUAUUUGUGCGCGAAGCUGUUGCGAGAGCGCGAUUCGAGCGCAGCGAAGCCCGGCAAGGAGGCAGCCAUAUGGACGGGUAUUUGCAAGUUGAGGAUCUUGAGAAACUGGCGCCACAGCUGGUGCUGGAUUUCUAAGUUGGGGUCGCCUUCUCCAGAUAUUGAUCACCCGCGAAAAGAAGGGGUGUGGCGCGUUCUCGUGCCAGAGUGCCUCGUUACCUUUCCUGUAAAGGGCUUAAACAUACGACUGACUACGAAACUAUUGUCGCUCGCA